GAGAAGUGAAACACAGAGAAGUGUUAUUGUUCAGAUCACAGUCUGUUUACACUGAGUCUUGGAUGAAGAUGAUGAUGAUGAUGAUGAAAACAUCACUGGGGCUUCUGCUGCUCGGCCUUGUUGCGACUGCUGCUGCUGCUGGACCAGGCAGCUGCUCCGGUCGUUGUGGGGAGGUUUAUACCAGAGGUCAGCAGUGUAACUGUGACUACGGCUGCCUGAAACACAACGAGUGCUGCCAAGACUUUGAGGCUACUUGCACCAUCGUUCAGUCCUGUCGCGGUCGCUGUGGUGAGACGUUCAGACGAGGUCUGCAGUGUGAGUGUGAUCCACAGUGUGUCCAGUUCAACACCUGCUGUCCUGACUACCAGCUGUACUGCGAUGCCAGCGUGUCAACAGUGCAACAUCCCAGCAGGUUUCAGCCUCUCAGGGCCUCACGCUCAGGAAAACGGAAAUCAGACAAAAGCCGGAAAUGGUCCAACAGUGAGAGUGAGGAAUGGUAUUCAGGAAGGGGUCGCUGCCCUCAGAACCAGGGGUCUCGUUGUCAGGGGGCUUCACGACCCAUGAACCCACUGACCAGCGGCUCCUCUGGCUCCUCUGGUUCCUCUGGCUCCGGACGUCCUGCUGUUCCAACCAACCAGCUGCAAUAUGGCAGGCAUAACAUCCCUGUUGGCCAGAUGCCGAUGCCCGUCCCUCCCUCCUACAGCGGGGCUCCAUACUCCCCAGCACCAGGCUCCUUUCUGCCCGCCAACGGUGCUUUCUCUCGGGGCAACGGGGCUCCAUACUCCCCAGCACCGGGCUCAGCUCUGCCUGUCAAUGGUGCCUUCUAUCAUGGCAGCGGUGCUCCGGUGAGCCCCUCCACUCCCGGAGGUGCUGGCAGCAGAGUGAACGUCCAUCUGGUGCUGUCACCUGGAGGAGUCGCUCCAUCUGGGCCAAAUCAAGGUUUCAAUGGUCCAGCAGGUUCCAGACCCAGCACCCUGCAGGACGUCGCCCAGGCUCUGGGGCUCUCUGUGGUGGAUGGAGGACCUGCAGGACCAGGAUUCCUGUCUGAUGCGGACCUCUGCAGUGACUCUCCCAUCAAUGGGCUGACCGCUCUCAUCAACGGAACCAUUCUGAUAUUUAAAGGGGAGAGGUUCUGGUCAGUCGAUCCAGUCAGUCGCUCAGUUGGUCGUCCUCAGAGCAUCACAGACACUCUGGGUGUCCCGUCUCCCAUCGACACCGUCUUCACUCGUCUGAACUGCCAAGGAAACACCUACAUUGUCAAGGGAGACCAGUACUGGCGUCUGGAUGGGAACAUGGCGAUGGAGCCUGGUUACCCCAGACCUCUGACCUCCGAGUUUCCAGGUCUGACGGGACGCAUCAGUGCUGCGCUGACCGUUCCAGCCACCAGAACCACACCGGAGACUGUGUUCUUCUUUAAGGAUGGAGACAUCCUGCAGAAGUUCACCUUCCCUCUCUACUUCAACGUCCAGAUUUCCAACGACCUGCCGGCGCUGGCCAAGCCCGACCCGUACGCAACCCUCUCACCCCAACCCCUCUUCAGUCCUGCUGCCAUGGCAACCAACCCCGCCAACAUGGCCGCUCAGAACGCCAAUCCUUCCCAACCCACCAACUCCAUCACAGUUUGGCUCCACUGUCCCUGA